UCGAUAAUACACAACGCGUCGCGUGCAUUUUCUCACUAUUUUUCUUAGUUUUUUACGUGCAAUAUACUGCAAAAUUUAUACUUCUGAAAAUUAUCAAUUUUCAUCAUGUGAAAAAUAUUAACUACUCAACUAUUAACGACUGAAAUAAUGAUAAAUAAAUAAAAAAGUACAUAGUAAUAAAUUUUACGACCUACACAAAAAUUAAAAAUAAAACAACAGAAAAGAAGAAUACCGAAUACGACAAAAAAUGUGCCUUAGACUAAAGAACGAAAAUUGUGUGCCUUAAAUGAAAACUAAGAAAGAUCAUAAAAAUAUAACGUUAUUGAAGAGAUUAAAAACAUGAUAAAUAUGAAAAAGUUUUACAGUGUGAAAAAUAAUGAUACACCAAGCAAUACAAAAGCAAAAACUUUGAGUACUUCAAGUAAUAAUUUACUCGACAAGAUAAGCAGACGUUAUUCAGGCAUAAGUACAAAAUUUUUGCGUAAAUCUCCAGGUCGAAAAGGAAAUCGCGAUGCAUUUUCUGGCAGUUAUAAUAUGCGAGGAAAUCAAUCGGAUGAUUUAAGACCUGAGAUUGGAGCUCCAAUACUGAUCUCUAAAAUAGAUAGAACAGACUUGGAUGACUUAAAACGAGAAGCUGCAAAAUCACCGUCUUCUCUUUCAACAACUGACGACAGUGAAAAUGACGUUUACGUUGAUGCCAAUUGUUCGCUUCAAAGUUUCUCAGAUAUUCAUUUCCAGUUUUUUCCGGAUAAUGCAUCUUCGCCUAAUUCAUCUUUUGACGCAAAUUCAUACAAUAUGUUUUUCAACCAAACUGCUCCAUUACCAUCAUUCACGCAUCAAGAAGAGAACGCAAAAAUCGAAAAGUACAAAUCAAAAUCUGCACAAAAUCUUCACAGAAGUGAACUAAAAGUAUUUCUUAAAAAAGCACCAUCAUUAGAAAUCAUUGAAGAUUUUGAGGAAAACACGUAUGAUAUGCCGAAGAAAUGUCUCUCAAGCAAAAUGGGCGAAGGAGAACAAAGUGAUUCUUCAACAGGCGUCAGCGAACCUCCAAUUGUUCCAUUAUCGGAAAAACUUUCAUAUUCAAUUCAAACGUUGGAAUUGCUACCAUCUAGUCAAACGAAUACACAAGAAGUAAAUGUCAUCAACAGUACGAAUAAAAAACAAAAUUUGUGUCAUGAAGAGAGUCUGCAAUCAAAUUGCUCAAACAAUACUCAUAAAACAGAUGAUAGUUGCACAACGACAACUUCUUACAACGAUGCUGAUUUCGAUUUCAAAUCUGCUAGCUUACAAAGUCUCAAUCGCAAAAAUAUGUUCCUUUCGAUUGAAGAGUUGAACGAAAUAACACGACAAAUUAACGAAUCUGAAGAAUUCAAUCAAGAAAUUGACUAUGAAUAUGUCGAACAUCGAGAAAACUUGAAACCGAGUGAAAGGAGAAUUACGUUGUUAAGGAAUAAAGAAACUAACCGUUUUAUUAAUUUUAAUGAUAAGAAAGAUAGAAUAGCAAAGAAAUGGACGGGAGUCAAACAUUGGAUUAGUGAAGAACGUGGAAAAAUACGGGAAGUUGUUCAUCGACAUGCGGCGAUGCAACGCCCGGGAGCUGUAAAUCGGGCAGAUAGUGUAGAAACGAAUUGCACAGCAGAUGAUGAAUUGUCUUCUUUACCGGCAUCAAGUGAUGCUCGCACGGAUAAAGAUUCACCAAAUAGAUCUACGAAUGGAAGAGAAUCAGAAGAACGACAAUGUGAUCACUCAUUUCCUACCUCAAGAAAAACGUCUUUAAAUAAAUCCAGUUUACAUAAUGAUAGUUUCGAGGGACAAAAUGGCUUUGAAGAAUUAAGGCGUUAUGUAAAACAAGGAGGAGAUUUUGGCAAAGACUUGGCUUUUAUACUGCAAGAACGCAUUGAAGCCGAACAAAAUUAUGCCAAGUCAUUAUCAAAAAUGGCAUCAAAGCUAAAUAAGGCUUGUCGAGAUAUUCCGGGUACAAUUGCGGAUGCUUGGCGAAGUGUAUCUACUGAAAUGGAGAGUCGAAGUGAAGUUCAUAGACAAUUUUCCGUUUCAUUAAGCGACGAAAUUGUGAAGCCACUUAAAACAAUAAUAGAAAAUCAACAUAAAUCACGGAAAGCUAUUGAAACAAAUGUCGAUAAAGCAGUUCGUGUACUCGUGGAUUGGCGAAAUGCUGAAUCUAAAGGAAAGAAAAAUUCUCACGCCUCAGCGAGAGAAAAUGAAAGACUUCAAGAUGCAAUGUUGGAUGCAAGAAUACAAAAGUCACCAUCGAUCUCUUUAUUGCCUCAUACAGGCACCAAAAAUCCUAAUGAUAAAGAUACACCAAAGGAAAAAGAGUGCGUCAAAUUAGAAAGCAAACGCAGAAAGGCAGAGGAAGCUGUUAAAAAAGCUGAUGUUGAAUAUUAUACACUCUGUGUGAGGGCGGAAAGAGCUCGAGUUGAUUGGGAAAUUGCCGUUUUUCGUGGUUCAUCAAUGUUGCAAUCGCUUGAGAGUCAGAGAUUGGGAAAUAUGAAGGAGUAUGCCAAAUUGUAUCAUAAAUUGUCGUGUGAUAUGAAUCCAUUAAUGGAUAAAAUUGUUCGAAGAAUUGAGCCGCAAAUUAUCAAUUGUAAUGUACAGAAAGACUUGACGGUUUUGAAGAAUAUAAGAAGAGCAGCAGAAGGUCCAAGUGAGCAAUUACUUCCAGAUUUUUAUUCGGAACAUACCACAUUAGCGAUGAAUCGUGAACGAAGAAAGCAAUCCCUCGUUAAAUUGUUACAACUUAUCCGACAAGACUUGGAGCGAGAAAGAAAGUCUAGAAAUGGUUUGAAAGGAUUUUCUCAAACAGUUAACAAUGCUGACAACCAAAAUAUCACAGAUAAAUUAUACCACAUAAGAUCAAUGUUAACAUACUUGGAGGGUGCUCGUUACAAACUUCAGUCUGCAUUAAUGGAGCUUGAUCAUAGGCCACGUGGUUCACAUCCUUUAGCACAACACAUUCAAAUUACUCGCGAUCGAAAUGGUCUACAACAAAGUAUUCUUAAAGUCCCGAUUUGGUUGAGAAAUGACGAAAAUGACAAUUCAAACCAAAGUAUGACGUUUGAAGACUUUGAUCAAUCAUGCACAGAGGCAGCUCUUCCAAUGCAGGAAAAUAUCGUGAUCGAGUGUGAAAAUGAAACAAUUGUUGAGAAAAUUAAUGCAAUGAACAAGCCGACUAAAGAAAUUAGCGAAAAAACUGAAGAGGACAAAUGUGAUGAAAGUCCAACAUUUGACAGAGGAGUUGCUGAUGGCAAUUCAAAUCAACCUGAUUCGGAUUUUGAUGAAUUUUCGUCCGAUGAUGAAAGUCACUCAAUAGAUGAAAAGCCUCCAGAGAUUAUCAGUAAAUGCCGAGCACUAUACAGCUAUACACCAAAAUUGUACGAUGAAUUAGAAUUGUUUCAAGGCGAUAUCAUAGAAGUUUAUGCAAAACAAGACGAUGGAUGGUGGAUGGGCGGAUUACGAAAACGGAUUGGCAUUUUUCCAGCAACUUAUGUUGAAGAAAUUUCUCAAACACAAUAACAAAAAGACUAAUGAAUUUGUAAUUUAAAACUAAAAUAUGGAAAAAGUACUAAUCGAAAAGAUCAAAGUUUUAAUAA